AUGGCCGACAUGCAGCAUGCAGACGAGGAGAAGCAAAUCGGCCACGACGUCUCUGGUGUCGCCGCAGACAGCUCCAGCGAUGAGAUACCCGGUUAUCUCCGCAAUGCGUCGCAAAAGGGAUUCUUUGGCAAGCUGCGCUACUACGAGGAAGCGCUCGACAGAAAGCUCGGCGUAGAGUCUCACGGCAUUGCGAGAAAACUUCCCGAGGACCGCGAUCCUAGCUAUGCGAAAUGGUCAAACCAGUUGGUCAUGUUUGCUCUCUGGGCAAGUGGAACCAUGAACCUGAGUUGUUUCGCCACCGGUUUCCUUGGUUGGGAACUUGGUCUUGACCUUCGUCAGAGCAUUCUGAUUGUCGUCUUCUCGACACUCAUUGGCAGCUCCGUCACUGGCUGGUGCGCCACAAUGGGUGCCCCGACUGGUCUUCGUCAGAUCUCCAUUAGCCGAUACUCCCUUGGUUGGUGGCCAUCAAAGGCCAUGGCUCUGCUCAAUGUGGUCGAGCAAAUUGGCUGGAGUUCCGUGGGAUCAAUCACUGGCGGUGUCGCUCUGAGCGCCGUCAGCGAUGGCAAGAUUGGCAGUGCCCUUGGCGUUGUCAUUUGCGCUGUUGCCGGCCUCAUCAUCUCAUUCUUUGGGCUCAAGGUGGUUUUCCACUACGAAAAAUUUGCAUGGCUAGUAUUUUUGGUCAUCUUCAUGGUCAUGUACGGAGAGACUGCCAGCUUUGGCGACAUCCACACACCGACAACGCUUGAAGGCUCUACUUACAGCGGAAUGCUGCUUACCCUCUUCGGCGUUGUCUACGGUUCGUCGUCUUCAUGGGCUAGUGUUGUAAGCGACUACUAUGUCGAGUACCCCGUCAACACUUCGAGAGUCAAGGUGUUCCUCCUGACCACUCUUGGUAUCUGUAUCCCGACUUGUAUCGGUAUGGUGCUUGGCUGCGUUGUAGCAAGCGCACUUAACAGCAAGGAAGACUGGGCUAGUGAAUACGAGGAAGGCAUUGGCUUCCUCAUCCAGACCAUGGUUCACCCCUAUGGAUUUGCCAAGUUCAUUCUGUUCCUGCUGGUCUUGUCUGGAAUUGGCAUGAACUGCAUUGCCAUCUACUCGGCCGGUCUGAGUAUCCAGCAAUUCGCCAGACCAUUGGCCAUCGUUCCUCGAUUCUUCUGGGCGCUUCUGUGCUUUGUCGCCGUCAUUCUUCUUGGACUUGCGGGCAAGGAUCAGCUUUUGACAUAUCUUGAGAACUUUCUCUCUCUGCUUGGAUAUUUCACGACUUCCUUCUUCGUCAUUAUUUUCGUCGAGCACUACUGGUUCCGCAAGGGCAGUUACGCAAACUACAACUUGGAUUCUUGGAACAACCCCAAGGAGAUGCCUGUUGGUUUUGCUGGAGGAUUAGCGUUUGCUCUCGGUAUCAUUGGUGCUGUUCUUGGAAUGUCGACAACUUGGUACGUUGGUGUCAUUGCAAUAAAGAUUGGCGACUAUGGUGGUGAUGUCGGAAAUCAGCUGGCCUUUGUUUUCAGUCUUUUCGUCUACGUCCCAGCUCGUUACCUGGAACUGAAGUUUGUUGGACGAUAG